AUGGGAGGCCUAGCAUUCGCAGAUACUGUAGCGGAGUCUGGGCAACCAAUUAUUGUCCCCCGACUACCUCCAGAAGAGUACAAGAAGCUUUCCGCACGUUAUCAGCGCGCCCUAGAGACGAUAUUCGAGAAAGUUGUUAUUCCACGCGAAGCACCGGGCAAAGUAGACUACGGCGAUAUUGAUUACUUGGUCGACGGACUCCGAUCUCCACACACAGAGAGUAAUGUCUGGGACCUGAUACGCGAUCUUUUCAAGGCUGACGCCCAUAUACUGCGCGGCGGAUCAGCUUCAUACGCGGUGCAGCAUCCCACAACCAUAGGGCUGUAUGUCCAAGUAGAUGUCGAGUUAUGCGUGGGGCAUGGAACUUCCAACAGUAUUGAGCUCUUUGAAUGGACGCGUUUCGUAAAGAGCGAUUCUGAUUUGCUGCAAAUCAUUGGGGUGUCGCAUCGACCUUUGGGCAUUGUCUGCAACGACCAAGGCUUGCAUGUGCGAGUACAAGAGAUAGAGCCUUACAACAAGAAAAAGGCCUUGCUAUUCUUGACACGAUCUCCGGAAGAGGCCCUAGAAUUCUAUGGUCUUGAUGUUACCAAGUAUCGGGCUGGGUUCACGGACGAGGAGGAUCUCUUUGACUGGGCAUGUAGCGGGAGGUUCUUCGCUCGUGAGAUUUUUCAAAGUCGCACUGAGAAACACAAUGAUCGAGCACGCCAAACGAAGAGGCCCAUGUACCGGCGGUUUGUUGAAGAGUAUAUGCCCUCACAUCCGGACAAGGGCGCUUGCAAGGCUUGGACACGGGAUGAGGUGCUUCACGAAGCCAUCCGUGUCUUCGGAAAGCAAGCGGGGUAUGAUGCCAUGAUGGAAGAGCAUAAUCUCAAGACGGCAGAAGAGGAGCUCUGGAAGGAGAUCAGGGAAGCGGUGCCUGUACAGAGCAACUCUCUUGCUCUUAUCCUCCGAGGCUUAAGACGCUGGGUGGCUUUUGAAAACGGACAUCCCUUCAUCACGACGGAGCCGAAUCUCGCGGAACCUCUGGUCUGGUCCAAGUUUGUGUCACCCGACACGAGAGAUGUCGUGCUAGCAUGGGUGAAGGACAAUUAUGGCCAAGUCAAAUCCCUGGAGAAGGCGCGUGCAAGUGCAUCCAAGGAGGCCGCAAAGAAUAUCCAGUAG